GCGAGAGUGGUGGUGGUGUGUGCGCGAGCGCAACAGGGAGAGGGAGAGCGUAUUUCUUCUUCCUCACCCUCCUCGAGGAAGAGAGAGGGCAGCUCCGGAGCCGCACGGGCGCGAGCGAGGCAGGCAGUGGCUCCUCCCCCCUCCUUUCGAUAUCAGCUCAUCGAUUCGUCCUAUCACACACAUAUCAUUACCGCUCCUCUUCCUCACCUAUGCUUGUCCUCUAACUCAUUGGCAGAAGAGAAAAAAAAAGUCCUUGUUGAGUUGUUGUAUCGGGUUCUGGUGGUGACUGUUACUGGGGUUUCCUUGCCCGGUUCUUGAUUUGCGCAAGGACAGAUUUGCCGUCCUCUCGGGUUCCGCCGUGCGGUGCUGAAUCCUCCUUCCCUGUUCCCUUCCCUUAGGUUUGGAUCGGGGAUAGGGAUGGAAGUGGACAGAAAGAAGAAUUUGCAGAUUGGAUCCAAGGGGAAGGAGGUUCAGAGCAAGAAUCCGAGGCGGGAGGAGCCGCUGGCAUCGUCGGAGGUGGACAUGGAUGAGCCAGACGCUCCUGAGAGCGGUGACAUGAUUGUUGAUGGCAACAAUGGCAGCUCCAGAGAGAGCCCCUUGCAGCCCAUGGAUUCCAAGAAUUCCAAGGGCUGUGCGGUCAAGAAGCCAACAUCGGUGAGCUCAGACUUCGGUGAGGAGCUGGACUUGGACCUUGGUGGGGAGAAGAGUGGGACGCAGCAGGAGAGGAAGCUCUCAAGGCAGGACCGGGUUGAGCUUUGCCGGUCGUUCCAGCUUGCAGUGAGCUCCCAUGAUUGGGAGAGCGCCGAGGGGCUGGUAGGAAUGGCUGACGCACAAGGGCUCAACGAUGUGCUGUGUGUGGCAGUGGAUGCGAUUUGGUUCUUGAGUGAUAGGGAUGAGCUGCUUGCUAUUGUGGGGUUGAUCAAAAGGGUUGUGUCUGAGGGCGCAAAAGAUUUUACCCGUGCUGCGCUCCGGACAUCAUUCCUCGCAUCGUGUGUAUCAGCAUGUAGGGGGCGGUCGACUAGCCUUGCUGAUGCAGUGAGCUUCAUGGGCCAGAAAUUGCAUGAACGACUUCAAGAAUCCCAAGGUGAUGAGGUAUUGAAAGCAGAAGCAAGUGCAAAGGUGCACAGGUUUACAGAAUGGGCUCUAAAGUGUAUCGGGCUGCAUUCACGUGUUCGAGAGAACAGGGGCAAAGGAAACCACGACACUGUAAUUGAGGUUCAGCUUCAGUUGUCUGCUUUCAAGAUAUUUCUUGAUCUUGCUGAUAAUGAGCUUACCGGGAAGGAUUUUACGGAGGCUUUUGAUGCUGCAUGCUUCCCUCUUACACUCUUUUCAACCACCUUCGACCAAGGAUGGGCAUCAGGAAUAUCAGCAGCUGCAGUACAAGGCCUUUUAGAGUUGUUGGUAGAGGGUGGCGCAGACAAUGUGAACCAAUGCUUUCUUGAAGCUGCACGCUAUGGCAGCACUGAGCUUGUGCGGAUCUUACUUCAGGUUGCUCAAAGAAACAGCUUGGACAUUGAUGUGGACCUAGCCCUUGGCUUUGCCGCACACUAUGGGAAGAUCGAAACCAUGGGAUGCUUGGUUGAAGAAGGUAAUGCUAUUGGCUUUCUUGGCCCUUUGAUGCGUGCUGCUGAACGUGGGUGCCUCCAAGUUGUGGAAUGGUUUGUCAACCACGGGUGUCGAGAAAUGGAGCUUUGCCUAGCCCUUACUGCUGCCACCUCUAAUAGCCAGAUUGCAGUUGCUGCUUAUCUUCUUCCUCUUGUCCCGCAACAUGUUCUUGCCCCCCUCAGCAUUGAGAUUAUCAAGGCUGCUGGUGAGAGGACUACGGGUUCCCUGCAGGGUGUGGAUUUUCUUCUCCGCUCGGAUUUCCUCAAUGACCCAGCUGCCACAUAUGCCGUGGCAGACAGUAUUGCAAGAUGCACCGAUGAAGCUGUGGACGCAAAGCUUAGGUCUUUCAUGAAUGAGCACUGGAGCGAGGCAGCUUUUUGUGCGGGAUUCGAAUCUGCACAGCAGCACUUUGUUAAUUUCAUGAGGAUAAUGGAAAGGGGUGAAUCACCAAUCCGCUUAGGGGAUCUCCCACUUGAGCUGGUGAUUGCCAUGGCCUACCUGCCGCUCUAUAAGGAAUGCAUGAAUUCCAAUGGGCGACUUUUGCCUCAAAGGCUUAGAGGUCAGCUUGUGGAGGCUGCAAGCAGGCUCGAGGACCGGCAAGUGGAAAGGGAUAGCCAAAGCAGAGAACUCUUGGCCAUCUUGGAGCACCACAUACCACGAUUCAUGAUCCAAACUUGAAGGUAAGCGCAGGCAUCCACUCUGAACCACUGCUGUCAAUGCAAGCAAAAAACAACUUACAAGGGCAAUCCACGCCGUCUUCAGUGCCGCCACCAUGUUCCUGCUUGGGGGGACAUCACCAAAUGAUAGCAUCUUGAGUUGGCUCUCCUGCAGGCGAUCUUCGGAGAGUAUAUAAUUCUGGGGAAUGGUGUGUGCCUUGUCGAGGCAUGUGUCGGAGUGUUUUACUGGGACCGUAAUCUUCCAUGAAAAAAAUGAUAUAAGCCUUCGGUAUGUAAUCCUGAGUUUUCGGUGUAAUUCAAAACGCUGGUCUUGUGACAACAUGUCGCUAGUUUUGGCUAGCGACUUUUUUGAUCAUGGCUUCAAAAAC